CCACCACGCUAGCCUCCCACUCUCUCGCUCUCUCCUAACACAUGGUGGCGGCGGAGAGGGCAGCGGCGAUGGGGCGGGCGGCUGCGGCGGUGGAGGACGUGGAGUUCUUGGACUACGACCAGGACGACGAGGACGCCAUGGACGAGGACGGCCGUGCCGCCCGCGCUCUCCCCGUGCCCCACAUCGUCUCCCCCGCCGUGGUGCGCACCCGCGGACGCUUCGCCGGUCGCAGCCCCUCCGUCCUCGCCUCCAGCCGCGACCGCUUAAACUCUCUUUCCGAAGCCGGCGGCCACGGACACGGCCCGCAGCGCUCUAUCGAAGGAUGGACAAUUCUUGUCUCUGGAGUUAAAGAAGAUGCGGAAGAAGAUGAUCUGCACAAUGUUUUCAGUGAAUUUGGUCAUGUCAAGGACUUGCAUUUUAAUCUAGAACGCCGCACUGGAUAUGGCAAGGGAUAUGCGCUGAUUGAAUAUGGAAGCUUUGAAGAAGCACAGACUGCGAUCAGAGCAAUGAAUGGGACUCAGCUGUUGACAAAGACUGUCUAUGUUGAUUGGGCAUUCAGCAGAGGUCCUACACAGAAUUUCAUGAGUACAAGGCCAUCACGUCCAAGAUCAAGGACUCCACCGCGUAGGCUUGCUGCCUUCACGACAUAUUGAGGGGGGGCUAGGCUAGGUUUUGUGUUAGUCUUAACUGAUCGUGUUUGGGCGAUAAGCAGCAGCUAAACAGUGGGAGGUUUGAAGUAUCGUUUACCUGAACUUCGAUUCUGCCGGCCUUAUAUCUACGCUAAGCUUAUUCAGCCUUAACUACGAACUUGGGGAGGCUGGCCCACUCCACUCAUUGUACUAUGCCAAAGGUGGCCCACUCCACUCUCUGUGCAAUCUGUAUCACAUUCACUGUGGGAAUCUAGUUUAUUAGGCGUUUUGGUGCGUAAUUA